GAUCGGCGCCGAGUGCUCAGUGGAGUUAGUCGUGAGUCGUCCCGCGUCGCCGACGCUCGGCGCUCUCAACACAGCACGCACACUCAUUGUCCGUCUGUCCGUCUGAAGUAUGUUCACCCGCAUGUUCAGUGACUAACCAGUGAUAGUACUUUGUGCUAUACGUUUUGUGAAGUGCAAUCAUUUCGGACACGAUCAUCCAAGUUGGAACUCACUUAACAAGUUUCAAGAUUACAAAGUUCCUGUGACGCCGUCCAUUGCGGCUUUAAAAAUUUAAAAAUAUGAUGUGUUUAUGAGAGCCGAGUGUGGCGAGAUGGGGCGCGCGCAGUACGUCGCGUGUGCGCUGUUGCUGCUGUGCCCGCUGGCGCUCAGCAGGCACGACGACGACUUCGCCUUUGACGCGAGCGAAGAAUUUCAGGUUGAAUUAACUGCCAAUCAUUCUGAAAUAGCAAAAAAUGGCCUAAGAAGGUUAUGGGGUGUCCCCGAUACGUCGGCCUACGUGGGACAUUUGUUCCGUAUGGAAAUCCCGAAGGAAGCGUUCUCAGGCAAAGUUUUAGCUUAUAAGGUUCGCAGUGAAGAGGGCCGACGCACGCCGAGCUGGCUGGCCGUGGACUCGAGGCAUGGCUUGAUCAGCGGCGUGCCUCAGAAGCAGGAUCUCGGCACGCACACAUUCACCGUCACCGCGCACGGCGCCACGCGCGGACUCACCGCCACCGACUCCUUUACUAUUGAGGUAAAGAAAGCGGAAGAGAAGCCGCACUCGAAGUACGGCACGUGCGUGGGCGUGGAGAGCCGCCUGGCGCUGGCGCUGCUCGUGGACGGCGCCUUCCACAACAUCGCGCCGCGGCACCGCAUCCGCGCACUCAUGCAGCUCGCCAACUUCAUGGCCAUCGACGGCGAUGAAUUUUGGAUGGAGCCAUAUAAGACUGAAUCACACGCAGAAACAAUACUGAGUGGCAUAGGUUCAUCGCAACGCAAGCGCGGUGACGCCACAACCGCUAUUUAUUUAAAUGUGGGCUGCGGCAACAAGCUGUGGAGCCAGCACAAGGUGCUGGUGGCGGGGCUGCGCGAGCAGUCGCGCGACGGCACGCUCGCGCACGUCGUGCGCCUGCCCGUCAUCGGCUGGCGGCUGCUGGCGCUGCAGCCCGCGCCCAGGGUCAAGAGACAGUCCCAGUUCGAAGGGUCGGGAAUGGCUGUAUACGACACUGAGUAUGAUAACGACGACGACGUGGACUACAGCGGCUACGACGACGACAAAGACGACGAAGAUGACUACGGACACGACGGCGACAGCCCCUUCACGGUGGACGCGUCGCUCCCGCCUCCCGUCCCCCGCCCGCACCCCCACCGGCACCACCACGGCGAGGCGCCACACACCACCACCGACACGUUUCAGAGCUCGCCGCCGCCGCCGUCGACCCCGGCCCCUCCCCUCACCCCCGUACCGUCUGUACCGUCUGUACCGCCACCCUCCCCCCCGGCCGAGCCCACUGCCGCCCCGACCACGGAGGAACUCACAACCGCGCGCGCCCAGGAUACCACUCCCGACUCCGCAUCUACUAAUACGUAUACCACGGAGAAUGGUGAAGAAAAUGGGGAAAACCCGGUAUGGGAACACACUUCGGAAACAAUUAACAAUCAAUUCACACAUGCACCGGUGUCGCCAAGGAAGUUUAACGAAGUUGUCAUCAGCCCGCAAUACCCUGACGUAGUAGACGCGACCACAGUUGAAACUGAAGUUCAAACCGUAGUUAUACGUGCAUCGCACGAAAUGCCGCCUAUACCUCCGUCGGAGCACCCCACGUCUGUGACGUCACCGUUGCCCGCCACCUCCUCCGAGUUCCCCACGGAACCGAGCACGACCUCGUCCACGACUACGUCGACUACGACUUCGACUACAACAUCGACUACGCAGACGUCGACGGUGGCUACCACACCGACUACAGUGACAACUCCGACUACGGUUUCAACGACUACGCCGACGCCUGAGACCACGUUGCAGGAGGUUACCAAGCAGGACACAACAGCAACGGAAGGCAAAAGUACAAUAAUAGGUCAGACUACGGAGACCGUGACGUUCGCAAUGCCAGUGAACCAACCACCAUCGCUCAAACACCACAUGAAGAAACUGGCCAUCAUCGCGGGCAAGGCGUUCAGGUAUAUAAUACCAACGGAUCUAUUCACGGACCCAGAAGAAGGCAGCAACCUUACGUUUACGAUGUACGAGGCUGACAACGUGCGGCUCAGCAAGACCUCCUGGAUACAGUUCAUUCCGUCCGGACGGGAAGUCUAUGGAUUGCCACUGGAAGCCCACGUAUCUCGCUGGAACUUCAUAGUCGAAGCUCAGGACAGCGAAGGAUUAGUAGCGCGCGGUCCCCUAGACAUCACCGUCCAACAACACAAGAGCGGCCGCACCAUCAACCACCAAUUCAUCAUGCAGUUCAAACUCCUCAAGGAGGUCAACAACGCCAUAGACUGGCAGAUCAGAGCCUUGGAAGGAAUCGUCAACCUGUUCCGGGAUACUGAUAUGGAUCAUUUGACGGUGCUCAAUGCUACGCAAAAUGGAGAUAUAUGCGAGUUCGUAUGGACUAAUGAUACAUUGCCGAAAGAUGCUGCAUGCCCCACUGAUGACAUUAAAAAGCUUAUGAAGAUAAUGGAAUCCGACACGGAAGCGGGCAGUCCGUCCGCGAGCCUGGUGCGCGUCAUGUCGCCGGAGCUGAAGGUGUCGGGCGUGCGCUGGCGCGGCGCGGGCGCGUGCGCGGCGGGCGCGGCGGGCGCGGCGCCGGGCGCGGCCCCCGCCACGCGCGCCCCCGACACCUACCCGCCCGUCACGCGCAACCAGGUCGAUCACAUCAACGCCGCCGUGGGACAACUGCUUGUAUACAAAGUGCCAGAGGACACGUUCUUCGACCCGGAGGAUGGAGGUACUCGCAACCUGCACCUCUCUCUGCGGUACAGCGACCGCACGGAGCUGCCGCCGGGCCACUGGCUGCAGUUCGACGCCAAGAACCAGGAGUUCUACGGCCUGCCCGCGCCCGGCGACGAGGGCAGCGUUUCUUACCAACUGAUUGCAGAAGACUCGAGCAAGAAGAGUGCACACGACAGUUUAAUAGUUGAAGUGUCAAAGGCACCGGAAAUUCGUCCCACAGUCGAGUUCCAAAUGACUAUGGAGUAUCCGUUCCCGAAACUAGCGUAUGACGCAAACAACAAACGUAAAGUCGUCGAGAAACUCGCCGCAUUGUUCGGACAGAAAGAGACAGCGAAUAUAAGGAUACAGAGCAUUACUAACAAUCCUACUACGAUAAUAUGGUACAACACAAGCCUGCCAAUGGACAGAUGUCCUAAAAAGGAAAUCGAAGACCUCCGCAAUAUGAUAAUAGCCGACGAGCGUGGCACUACAGGUGGCGCUCUUAAAGACCACGUAGACCAAAUAUUCGAUAAAGACUUAAAAGUAAUGUCCAUAAGACUUAUACCUCUGGGGCUGUGCGCAGAGCAGGGCACUAAAGUGGCCAAGCCAACGAUACCGGUGCACUCCGGUGCCACUAACACUCAAGGCAGUAAGGCUGGAAGUGUACAGGACCAAACCUACCUCGUGACCUUCGUCAUACCAGCGGUUGUGAUUGUCUGUAUGAUUCUGUUGGCCGGAAUCAUCGCCUGUGUCUUGUAUAGAAGAAGACGAACCGGUAAAAUGAGCGUCGGCGACGAGGAGGAGCGACAGGCGUUCCGCUCGAAGGGCAUCCCGGUGAUCUUCCAGGACGAGCUGGAGGAGCGCGGGGACGCCGAGCCCGUGCACAAGAGCCCCGUCAUCAUGCGCGAGGAGAAGCCGCCGCUGCUGCCGCCCGCGCCCGACUACAGGUCUGGCGAGGACGCGCCGUACCGGCCGCCGCCGCCGUUCGCCGCAUCACGCACGCCGCCGCGGCCCAAGGCCACUCCCACCUACAGGAAACCUCCCCCUUACGUGCCGCCUUAAGAACACUGCCCACUCUCCACUAGUACGUAGGAUAACACGCUAUCCACUUAUUACUAUUAUUUCGGGCACGUCAGGAGCUUCGGGAAUUCAUCGUGUCAAUUGACUCUAAAUUCAUUAGAAUACUUUACGACCAACCACCCGGUCGAAGGGUUGAUCGACAUCAAACUUUUCGUAUUUAUUAUUUCUUCUUUUCGAGUUCAACGUUGUAAUUAUAGGCGUUUAUACGAAAAAUGCAUUUAUAAAUUAAGAAAACCUCAUGUCAGAACAAGGAAUUGCGCACAUUAGCGUCGUGUCGCGAGAACGAAUUUCUUUAUAUAAUCGCGAAUAGGUGAACUUUUAGGGUUCACAAUGAAGUUUGUGGUGUUGAUGUUUCAAUUAUAAUGAGAAAAAAGUGAAGACUUCACGAUGAAUAACGUAUCUAGUGUUAUUGUUGAAGUAGGCGAUGACGCAUUAGCUCCUAGGAUAAUAUGGAAGUUCAACAAGCGAAUGAACGAUAUUCGUGCAUUUAAAGGGAUGUCGACGUCCCAUAGUUUACUUUCAUACCCAUACGAAGCAUGAACGAUUCGAAACGAUUGACAGACACGUCAAUUAAACGCUGCGAGUUAAGUUUGCUAAUAAACCAAAAUAACAAAGGUGUUUGGCUUAAUGCGUGCCAUCGUUUUGUGAGUUGUUAUUUAAUGUAAUUAAAAAUAAAAAAAACAUAUCGAAAUGUAACGUUUUAGCCUUUAGCGUAGAUCUUCCAUACACGAUAUUAAUGAGUAGUGCGUGUGUGCGUUACGUUUUGAGGUUGUGUCAGGGCUCGCCUGGUGGUGGCGCCUGAACGUUAUUAUAUGGAAGUAAUUUUGCCGUUCAUUAUGUAUGGAUUGUUCAUGAUUAGAUGGUGUGUACGCAAUGAAUUACAAAUAACAUAAUAUAAUGAAUUAUACAACUGACUUUAGUAAUAGGAUACGUAUAGGUAUUUUUAAGGAUGAAAUAUCAUUUUGUACUUGUCUAAUUACCAUAGAUGUAAGGUUAACAAAAUCGUGUAACUAUAGAACCGAACGAAAUCACCUGUAACGAUAACUUUCCUUUGGAUGUAUUUUUUUCUAUUGUAUACUUAUUUAGAGUUUUGCAUUUAUAGAUAUUUUUAGUAUAUUAUACAAUUUAAUGAGGCAUGUCAAACUGAGUGUUCAUUUUUGUUUACUUAUUAUUUUUAAUAGGAGUACUUAAUGUCCGUCAAAACAACCAUGUCGUAAUAGUUAUCCUCGGUCUUCUUUUCAUUUCGUAUUCUCUCAUUAUACGCACAUAAUUUAUGUAAUUAAUGAGCUUUUAUUUUUAAAUAAAAUGUCUAGUAAAG